CGUGCCGGAAAAAAAAAGAGAUAAAAAAAACCCCCCCCAAGCCUUACGCAGUUUCUCUUUACCUCCCUUGUUCAUGUCCUCGGCACUUUACCAAGAGAACAAUGGACGUAAAAGCCAAACAAGAAGACAUGAACAACAGGAUUGUUUAUACUUGAGAUUUGAAGUUUCAAGAGACAAGAUGGAUACAAAUACCCCGGUCCGGAACCCCUGAGCCAGACUUCCAUUCAUUCAGCCAGCAACCCGUUAUCAAAUCAUCACCAGCAAACGACAACCCAAAUAACUCUUCAAAGGUAACGUCCUACCGACCCAACCAUCGCCCACCAUGCCCACCAUAAACACCGAAGACAGCUUCAACCUCUUCCACUCCAUCUACAACGUCCCCACCUUCUCCCUCAUCCUCCGCCACUUCCGCGACACCUGUCCCCGCUCCACCUACAUCUGCCACGACUGCCGAUCGGAAAUUCUUUUUAAGAUCGUCCACGGGGCCAGCGACCCUUCUCUGUGCAACAAGCUGGGCCUCAUCCCCCUCUUCAAAGUGCUCCAAGACGAAGGACUAACCUCCUCCAGCAACUUUGGCCUGGACAAAUCCGAAAGCAGGGUGCCCAAGCCCGAAGCCGCCGAUUACCUGACCGCCCUAGGCAAGCCCGAAGAAUGGCAUAAGGUGAUCAAAGGAUGGGGCGCCUUUUUGGUGAACUAUCUUGUUGUCAAAAAGGGCCCGGGAUACUCAACUGAUGAGCUGGAGGACAUGGGAAAAAAGGAGCUGGGCAGUUUGGUCAGCAAGCUGAUCUUCCUCUGCAGCGGCACCUAUACAGUCCUGGACUUGUUCCACAACCGAAAGUUUGAUGAAUUCGCCGAGUGGACUGCUGAACUGCUCGCGAGCAUGCAGUGCCGGACGGGCAAGUGCAAGGCGCUCAAGUGGCAGGAACUAGUGGGUAAGAACCCGCACGGUUUGUCGGGAUCCGUCAAGUCGCUGGACGGCGAGGACGCGAUUGUUUGGGCACGUAUCGUCAUGUUCUCGGUCAGGUCGCUGUUGGAGCCCUCGAUCCGUCAGGUUAUUGACAAAUACCCUGGUCUGGUACCGCAUCUCGAAAAGGACUUUGAUCCGAGAGUGGUGAUGCCGUCGGCGGUGAAGAGGUACGCGUGGAGGCCGAAGCGAAUUGUUGAAGUUACCAUUAAGGAUGCUGGUAAGUCAUUCGAUCAGGCCAGGGAGAAGGGAUACUUUGAUCAUUUGAUCAAGGAGGGAAAGGAGAGAUGGCGAGCGGCAAAGGAUUUGGCGGAGGAGCAGAGGGAGGAGUACAAUGCCUAUUGAUAGGUGUACCUCCAAUCUUUCUACCUCUUUUCCUCAAAGUCUAUGUUUUGCCUUGUCAUAUGUGUUUUCGAUCCGCGAUUUCUGGUAUCUCGUUUUUGAGUUUCAAUUUUUCUGCGGGUAAGUACCUGGAACCACCCUUUGAAGGGUUCACUUCCAUAUCAGGAGUCGCGAAUAGGUAGAGGUAGUGAUAAUACAAUGAAUACUUUCCUAACGAACUCGAGUGCAAAUGUGCCAAUUGAUGAUAAAAGUGUG